CACAGCACCAAGACCAGCCACAAAAAUACUGAAAACAGAUGAGGACCAAAUCUCUUUCAGAUGUUUUUUGACUUCCGGUAGCGCAAUACAGUUCAGCCUCUGUUGCAAAAAACCUACGGGGCAAAACAAACCGGCCAUAAAACUGCUUUUGGACGUCACUGUGAAGUAUGUCUGCCGGACAAAAAGAGACUCCACGAGCCAGUGCACGUCAAAGUGGAACUGCAACUUUUUUCUCAAACCCUUUGAUGAGUGAUUUCGAAUCAGACUGGUCCCCAAUUCACGAUGCUGCCUUUAACGGACGUGUCCUCGCUCUGCAGAGACUCAUUGCUCAGGGUACAUGCGUCAAUCUGAACACUCUGGACCAGGUUUCUCCCCUCCAUGGAGCAUGUUUACAAGGCCACGUGGCUUGCGCCAAGCUUCUGAUGGAAAAUGGGGCAAAUGUCAACGGUUCAACGGUUGAUGGACAAACUCCCCUGUCAGAGGCUUGUGCCCGCGGUCAUGUGACCUGCGUAUCGCUGCUCCUCCAACAUGGGGCAACUCCCCUGGGGACCACCCUAACCAGCUCCCCAAUCCACAGGGCUGCAGCCAAAGGUCAUUCAGAGUGCAUCCAGCCUCUGGUUCAGCACGGUGCGGAUGUAGAUCAGUAUAUCGACCAAUCGGGGUUCCCUCUCCACGUCGCCUGCUCAAAUCAGCAUCUGAGUUCUGUGAGGAAACUGCUUCAACUUGGUGCCAGUGUGAACAGCAGUGUGUCUGGUGACUCGCCGCUGCACAUCGCUGCCAGUCAGUCAAACCCUGAGAUGGUGUCGGUCCUGCUCGACCACGGGGCCGAUCGCUGCCUCAGGAACUCAGAGGGCAAACAGCCGCUGGACCUCGCACCUCCAAACAGCCUGGUGGAGAGGCUGUUGAGACACGUGGGAGGAGCGUCUCCUCUGAUGCAGCUGUGCCGGCUGCACAUCAGGAAAACUGUGGGCAAGCAGAGGCUGGGUGGGAUUCACGACCUUCACCUCCCUACAGAAGUGAAACAGUAUCUUCUCUACCAAUCAGACCCAGGGGGAGAUCCGAUGCCCUGAAUCACUCUUUUAAUGUCAGACUCUGAGCAUUUAACAUCUAGGUCAGUAGGGGGUGCAGUUGCAUAAUCUUGCAGUGAGAACAUUACAUCAUGGCUCAUGGUUGUGGUGGUAAUGACCUCCUGCUCUCUUUGUGACAGAUCUCUACUAACAAACUGAUUCUCGGGGUCAAUCUGCACUUUUAUGUGAAAACUUGGAGCAAGUUUUUAUCGUUAAGUAUUUAUAAACCAAAAAAUACAUGCAUAUUAAAAAAUGAGAAUGUGGGCUCAAACUGUCUAUUAAAUGUUGCAUCAUUAAUGUUAAAUAAGGUUUAACAUACUGAAACAACAUUCUUUAGAUUACAGAGGCCCUAUCCAGUUUAUAUUGUAGAUUGUGUUAGUGGAAACUAAAGCUUCUGUAUUUGAUGAUCCCCCC